UAAGAUUCCCUCGUCAAAGGUUGUCUUUAGUGAGAGAGCUUUUCUUCAAGAUCGUCGUCUCUGAAUCAAAUAAUUAAAUCCAGUACAACCAACUCAAUAUUCAAGUUUCGCUAGCUACUCCAUUUUGGCGACCCAGAUUUCCAUUUCCAUGAAUGAUCAGCGCAAAGUCAAUCCUCCCCUCCCACCCACCACCGUCUCCCCCGCCGCCUCCCUCAAUCCCCCGUUUCUCUGUUUCAGAUUCUUACUCGCCUCCGUGAACCAUAAUUCCCCCGCCCCCAACUAACAAAACUGAAAAUAGAAUGAUGCAAGUAACGAUUUACAUCAUCUUCUUCAUUAUCUUCUUUAAAAUCGCUUCUCCUUCCCUUUCAGUUAGCGACGUUUCACUGCAGCAACAGACCAAUUCUUCUUCUUCGUCGUGUCCUCUGGAUUUCGAUGUUCUUCGGAGAUUGGUGGAGCAGAGCUCCUCGCGGCCGACUUUGAACACUACAACGAAUUGCCAGUACAUCCUUCAGGGCCUCCGCCUCGUCCAGUCCGACUAUCUCCGCCGCACCAACUCCUUCCUCCCGCCUUUGCUCUCGGCGCAAUCUUGCUGGGACUCUUAUCAGGCCGUAGUCAACGCUUUCCUCCCCGGCUUCGAUAUCCGCCGCCGCUGCGGCUUCGAAACCACCUGGAUCUCUCAGGGUUGCAUGAACAUCACGACCCGACCCGAAUUCGAGUCCAACGUCUCCGCCGCCGCCCUCUCCAGCGUCGUCUCCGCUUGCAAUCAGUCUCUCGACAACAACUCCCCUUGCGCCACGUGUACCACCAGCCUCUCCAGCCUCUCCGCCGGAUAUCUCACCGGCCCUUCCAUCGGCAACGUCUCGGAUUGCACGGCGUACCCCUCCAUUUACGCCGCCGCCUUCGCUAACCGCUUCGGCCCCACCGAUAAAGGUACCGCAAAAUGCUUAUUCGGUCUCGAUUCCUCUUCCCCCAGUUCGGGGAAUGGAAAGAAAAAAGUUGUAAUUCCCAUUGUAUCCGUGCUUUGUGGUUUGAUUUUGGUUCUGGGAUUUGGUUAUUGGUACCUAAGGAGAAGAAAGAAAAGAAAUUUUAUGAAGAAAUGGAGAACAACUUCUUCUAAUCUGGGUUCUGCACUGGAAUCAAUUAGUAGCAGCACAACUCUGAUUAAAUUCUCAUUUGAUGAAAUUAAGGCCUCCACCAAAAAUUUCUCAAGGAUGAACAUAAUUGGAAUGGGAGGCUAUGGAAAUGUGUACAAAGGUGUUUUAUCUGAUGGCUCUGAAAUAGCUGUUAAGAGGUUCAAGAAUUGCUCACUAGCUGGAGAUGCAAGUUUUGCCCAUGAGGUCGGGGUAAUCGCGAGUGUUAGGCAUGUAAAUUUGGUGGCAUUGCGGGGAUAUUGUACAACAACAACGUCCUCCGAGGGUCACCAGAGGAUUAUAGUGUGUGAUUUGAUGAAGAACGGGAGUCUCCAUGAUCACUUGUUUGGAUCAUCGAGCAAGAAGCUGAGUUGGCCUAUUCGACAGAAAAUUGCCCUCGGGAUGGCUAGGGGAUUGGCUUACUUGCAUUAUGGGGCUCAGCCAGCCAUUAUUCAUAGGGAUAUUAAGGCUAAUAAUAUACUUUUGGAUGACAACUUUGAGGCGAAAGUGGCGGAUUUUGGAUUGGCCAAGUUUACUCCGGAGGGUAUGACACAUAUAAGCACUCGAGUGGCGGGGACUAUGGGAUAUGUAGCACCCGAGUAUGCCUUGUAUGGGCAGUUGUCGGAGAGGAGUGAUGUUUAUAGUUUCGGGGUUGUGCUUCUUGAGCUUUUGAGCGGGAAGAAAGCGCUUAUGGCGUUUAACGACGGGCAGCCUACGCUCGUGGCUGAUUGGGCGUGGGCGUUGGUUAGGGAACGGAGAGCAUUGGAUGUGAUUGAGGACAAUAUGGGUGAAUUGGGGGCACCUGCCAUUAUGGAGAAGUAUGUGUUAGUGGCAGUUUUGUGUUCUCACCCGCAAUUAUAUGCUAGGCCAACGAUGGAGCAGGUGGUUAAGAUGCUGGACACUGAUGUACCGGUUCCAAUGAUACCCGAGAGACCGGUUCCAUUGAUUGCAGGCAUUGAAGAUAUUGAGAGAUCGGUUAGCAGUAGUGGGUCUGGCUAUCUUUCUACAUCUGCUGGCUACCAACCAUUCGAGGGAAAUAGCCCUAAAGCCCCGGGGGGAGAUGGUGAAGAUUCUGUUGGCAGAAGAGAAUGAUUCAAGUCUAGUUUGCAGCUUCCUUCUAUUAAAUUCUUGAUGAUUUUAUUGUCUCACUCUUUGGUUGGUUUACAUCAAACUUGAGACAUAUUUACUCAGUUAAAUCAAUGUACGUUGGUUCUUCACACAUGUAAAUAAGCUUAUAUUUGAUCGACAGCCUCAAAACCUUGGGGAAGAGAUAAAAGUGUGAACUUGCAAUCACCCACCAUUAGGUAGCUUGUGGCAAUCCAAAUACUGGACUUGGUAUCAGUUGCACAGCACAGAUGUACUAAUGGAAGGUAAGCUGACAUAUCAUUGAGAUUUUGUUCAGUAGCAGAUGACUGUACUAUUGAUUUUGUGUUACAAUGUAAUAUCUGUUCAUACAGACAUGGGGUUCGAAGAGCCACAGUUAUGUCGCUUGACCACAAGGUCUUUUGUACUCCGUGAUUGAUAUCUUUAUCCAAUUAUCCUGAUGCCUGAGCUAAUAUGCUUUGUGCAAAGUGAACUGUUUCAUUCUUGGCUGUUCUUUUACGCUCUCAAGACAGCUAUCCAUUUGCUACUCGAAUAAUACUCAUGUCUAAUGAUAAUGUUGAUGAAAUUACUUAAGUAUUUCAAUGCAUUUUUGGAUAUAUAGAUGUUUUCCACUA